GCCGAUGCAGGCUUGAAAGCCAGUACACUGGCACUCUUCACGAAUACAUUCAAAUUUGUUAGAACAAAUUAUUUUACUCGGUCCUGUUUACACCGACCCAAGUGCAGUCGUGGUAGCGUUCCUUUCCAAGGGUCCAAUUUCCACUUGUCUUUCAUCCUUUUUACGAGCACACGAGGGGUUUAACGAUUGGCCCGCAGACCAGGCAUCUAGCGGAGUACCAUUUUCUACGAGUAGCAUCGUCAUUUCGGAUUGGCCGACAUGGAGUCGUUUUCGCGCGUCAUGGCCGCAAAUGGGUCCCACGCGGGAGGAGCAAGUGAAAAAGGUGUGGCUCGAUGACGAUGGAAAAAUGAUGGUAGCUCAGUCCGUCAGGCUGUCCGGAAAUCUAAAGUUGCCGUGGGUUUACUUGUCAUUUAGCGAUGGAACAGAGGGGUUCCGAGGUUCGUUGCGGGUCAAUGAGGUCAAGCGUGAGUGCACCAGCGACCAGUAUCUCGAAGGGGAGGUUAAAAGUCCAGAUAUCGCGCAGUCCGUCAUCACGUGCUAAGGGUUAGAUUAGACCCUUGGGGCAGCUGGAGACUUGGAGAUGCCCUGAACUUUACCCGACCGAGUUUGACUAUCGCUCCGAGCGGUAUAGCAACAAUAGCCGUCCACUUUUCACUUGCGUUUCGCAUUCGAAAACACAGAAACUAGAUGAUGGCGCAGUUAGCCUUGUGCCUUGACUCCUACCCGCUUGAGCAUAGUCAGCC